CCGGCUGGCGUCGCAUUCCCGCCAUUUCUCCUGUCAACGGUUGUGUCACUCAAAAAAUUUCUUUUAGAAUAAAAAUGAGUGCGCUUCUGAUAAUCGUUGUUUGCGCUUUGAUCGCGUACAAAUAUUUCACACGUAAAACGGUUGUUUGCAAAAAAUCAAAGGGGAAUGGGAUAGUCGAAUUGCAACCCGCGCCUGGACCUACACCGUUGCCAAUAAUUGGGAGUUUACAUCUUUUGGGCACACAUGAAUCCCCGUUCCAGUCUUUCACGGAACUUUCGAAGGAAUAUGGCAACAUAUUUAGCAUAAAAUUAGGGAGUUCGCAGUGCUUAGUUGUGAAUAAUCUAGAAUUGAUUAGAGAAGUUCUGAAUCAGAAUGGCAAAUUCUUCAGUGGACGACCUGACUUCUUGCGGUUUCAUCAAUUGUUCGCCGGUGAUAGAAAUAAUUCGCUCGCGCUCUGCGAUUGGUCGAACCUACAACUCCGCAGACGCAACCUCGCCCGUCGCCACUGCGGGCCCAAACAGCACACCGAUAACUUCGCAAGAAUCGGCUCCGUCGCUACAUUCGAAUCCAUUGAACUCAUACAAACAUUGAAGCACAUUACGCGCAGUACUGACGGCGCAAUCGACCUCAAACCGCUCUUAAUGUCCACAGCCAUGAACAUGUUCGCCAAUUACAUGUGUAGCAUACGAUUCGACUCUGACACCGAUGCGGAGUUCCGGAAAGUCGUGGAUUACUUCGACGAAAUCUUCUGGGAGAUCAAUCAGGGCUAUGCCGUCGAUUUCCUGCCGUUCCUCGCUCCGUUUUACAAGAAACACAUGGAGAAGUUAUCCCAUUGGUCGCAAGAGAUACGCACUUUCAUUUUAUCUAGAAUCAUCGAGCAGAGGGAACUGAAUCUAGACACUGAGGGGCCGGAGAAGGACUUCCUGGACGGUUUACUGCGAGUGCUGCAUGAUGAUCCAACAGUUGAUAGGAACACGAUCAUAUUCAUGCUCGAAGACUUUCUGGGGGGUCAUUCGUCUGUGGGUAAUCUAGUUAUGUUGUGUCUAACAGCUAUAGCCAGAGACCCGGAAGUUGGUAGACGUAUUAAGGCAGAAAUUGAUGGUGUGACUAAAGGUAAACGCGCCGUAACACUAACAGACCGACCAUCGCUGCCUUACACUGAAGCGACUAUCCUAGAAUGCCUCAGAUACUGCUCAUCGCCAAUUGUCCCCCACGUGGCCACUGAAAACGCCACCGUCGCUGGUUACGGAGUCGAGAAGGGCACCAUAGUUUUCAUCAACAACUAUGAACUGAACACUUCCUCUAAGUACUGGAGCGAGCCGGAGAAGUUCGACCCAUCCAGAUUCUUGGAAAAGACAAAAAUACGCGUACGCCGCAACUCACUGUGCGAUUCCGGCAUGGAAUCGGACGGCGAGCGAACCGGGCCCAUAGACAAGAGCAAGGAAAUGGAGAAAGACGUUGUAUCCGUUAAGAAGAAUAUUCCCCACUUCUUGCCUUUUAGUAUCGGCAAACGUACCUGCAUCGGCCAGACCAUGGUGACUACAAUGAGCUUCGUCAUGUUCGCGAAUAUCAUCCAAGAGUUUGACGUAGCGGCCGUGAGCAAAGAUGAUUUGAGGCAGAAGCCGGCAUGCGCUGCCUUACCCAAAGAUACCUAUCCACUAUACCUCUUGCCGCGAAAAUAUUAAACUACGUAUUUAGUAUUUUUAGAUAAAAUCUCUGGAUUGUAUCGUGUUUCAGGAUCAGAUUGUAAUGAUCCACAUCAAACAUUGAUUCUGAUACACAAUACAGUUCGCGAGUAUCGCUCAAAAACUAUUUAUUUCUCGAAAUAAUUGACUUUAGGAUUAAAUAUUUUGAUUAAUUCAUACAGACUUAUCAAAGCCGAUAUUUUAAGCCAUUAAGUUAUCCAAAUGUUGAUGAACGAUGUGGUGUUGUUAAAUUUAUUUUAUUGAAACGACUGCUUUGUUACUGGGACUUGAUACUGUAGUUAAAUAGUGAUUGGUUUGUAAAACUACAAUUUCAUAGUUGUCUUUUGUAAUAUGUAUUAGUAUAUUAACUAUAAUUGCUUUUAAAUUGUAUUAGUUGCAAAAAUAUUGUAUAUCAUGUUGUAU